AUGGCUGCAGAAGUCGUCGGCACUCCGACCGACACGGAGAAACAAAUUCAAGAGACGGUUGUCCAUCUUGAAGAUGCUUUGGCCACCCUCAACAUCGAUCCCAAGGACGCUGACGAGGCUUUCGAAUUUCUCCGGGACCACCCGAACGCCGACGGCGUCACACAGGAAGCUUUGAGUAUUCUGGCCGAUGAACACAAGCGGAAGAAGCUUUUGCGAAAAAUCGACUGGGCCAUUCUUCCUUGCAUGAUCGCCACUUACUUCCUUCAAUUCCUGGACAAGACGACCAUCGGGUAUACUGCGGUGAUGGGAUUACGGGAAGACACUCAUCUGAAAGGCCAACAGUAUUCUGAUGUUGCCAUGAUUUUCUAUAUCGGUUACCUUACCGCCGAAUUUCCAACUCAAUAUAUCUCGCAACGGGUUUCACGACUUGGGAAAUACCUCGGUGCCAAUAUUGUACUCUGGGGUGCAGUGCUGGCAGCCCACGCAGCUUCCCAAAACUAUGCUGGCCUGAUGAUCUGCCGCGCACUUCUGGGGGUGUUCGAAUCAUGUGUGACACCCACUCUUGUGCUUGUGGUUGCUAUGUGGUACAAGAAAUCUGAGCAAGGACGAAGGAUCUCUUAUGUCUACGUUUGCAACAGCUUGACGUCCAUUUUUGCUGGUCUAGUGUCCUGGGGCGUGUCCCACUCGAAGAACAAGAGCUUUGCAAGUUGGCGAAUCUUCCUUCUCACAAUUGGUCUGGUGACGGUUGUAGUUGGUGUCUUUGUUUUCCUAUACUUGCCUGAUUCUCCCGUCAAAGCUAGGCGAUUCUCUGAUGCAGAGAAGGUCGCGACGUUGUUGCGAGUCAAGGACAACCAGUCGGGAACGCAAAAUGCUAAGAUCAAGACGUCUCAGUUACGUUUGGUCUUCAAAGAUCCCGGCGUUUGGCUUGUCGCUGUCAGUGUUCUGAUGCUGAGUGUUCCAACGGCAAUUCCGAACUUUUCCAGCAUCUUGUUGACAACGUUUGGCUACAGCGCGCAACAAGCGCUGAUACUGAACAUUCCUGGCGGGGUGGUUGGAGCUGUCUCGACCAUUCUGACCGGGUACCUUAGUGAUCGUUGGAACGAUCGAAGCCUCGUCAUGAUUAUCAGUAUUCUCCCAACCAUUGCGGCAUUUGCCAUGAUGAUCGGUCUCGACCCAGGUGGUGUCCCGAAGAGCAAAGGAGCAUUACUCUUCGCACUUUAUCUGUGCAACUCCUUCACAGCAGCUUUCAUGCUGCUUUUAGUUUGGAAUGCGUCGAACUUAGGAGGCCACACGAAGAAAGUCACAGUCAAUGCCUUGACACUUGUCUUGUACUGUGUUGGAAACAUCGCCGGCACCGAAUCUUUCCGUGCUUCCGAGGCCCCUGGAUAUAUCAGCGGCAAGGCGGCCAUCAUGUCCACCUUGUCGUUCCAAGUUCUGGUCUGCCUGGCGCUUAGGUUCCGAAAUGACCGGCUCAACAAGAAGAAUCGCGAGAAGCUUGCUCUCAUGACCGCGGACGAGAAGGAGACGUUACGCCAACAACUGGCGUAUGCCGAUAAAACGGACAGAGAGAAUCCGUUCUUCGUCUACACCCACUAG